UUUUGAGAUCAAAUAGAGAUAAUUUGUUUAUUAAAAGAUAAAAGGUGAUUGAUUAAAUAAAGAAAAGAAUUUAAAUAAAUAUCUUUUAAGAAUAAUUAACUAAAGUAAAUAACUAAAAGAUAAGAAAGAAUAAAGAAAUGAAGAGCCAUCUAAUAAAGCAAGUAUAAGAGUACUGUAAAGCUUUUACAAGAUCUGACAUGAUUCUUAUUUUAGAUGCGCUUGAAUAAAAAAAGCCCAGUUAUAUUUAAACAAUCAGAAUUGUCAAAGAAAGGAAGAUUCUUUCGCUUGAAACCUAAAAAAUUUAUCUAUUUUGCUUAUAAUUAGAGGUAUUUGACAAGUAGAAGUAAUGUAAAAAGAUAAUUGAAGUUUUUUCAUCAGAUUAAUUGAAAUAAACUUUUGAAAUGGUUGUUUAAAUAGCAUAAUAAAGUGCGAAUAUUAUUAGAACAGAUUUUUUUUUGAAAGUGCUAGAUUCAUAUUAUUUAGAUUAAUACAUGAUGUAUUAUGUUGUCGAAUAUGAAUUUUUUGAUUUUGACUCUUAAAAUAUCAAUUAGGAUGUUUUGGAAAUGGAAAUAUAUAAACUUGGUUUUUAAAAAAGUGUUUCUCUAUUAUUAUCUAAGAUUAAUUAAAAUGAAAUAAAUAUAGGAAUUGAUGAUUGUUAUUAUGUCUUUUAGUAAAAAGUUGGUGGUUUAGAAAUAAAGUUAAAUACAAUUAGUCCCUAUAUAUUUAGAAAUAUAAAAAUAAAUAUUGAAAAAUAAAAUAAAUUGAGUAUUUAUUUGCCAAAAAAUGUAUUACUUUCUCCUUAUUAAAAUGUAUUAAUAGCUAAAGAAGAUUUUCUAUUAGUUGUACAAAGUAAUUACGGGGAUUUAUAUAAAGAUUACAAAGAUUUUAUUGAUUACUUGAUUAAUAUUCCGUUUGAUUUUAGUUCAUUUAUACUUUUAACAAACAACUAAAAUGAAAAUUAUUUAACUUUAGAAGGAAUAACACUAGACUAAAAAUCUACAUAUUUUUACAUUAAAAAAUGUAAAAAAGUCGAAGAAGAAAAAAGUUUAUAUUAAGAAUAUCAAACUAAUCUUGAUAUGCUAAACAAAGUUUCUAUAAAACACUAUACUCAAGCUGAGCCUACUAUUUCAAACUAUUUUAUUUUACAAACAAAGCAGUAAAAGUUGAAAAAUCAUAUCAAAAUAGAAAAAUUUCUUUCUAAAAAACGAACAUCAAAUUUGAAUAAUUAUCUAAGCUUUAUAGAAAAAAUUAUUUCUUCAUACAAGAUUUUCAUAAAACUAAGUAUAAUACCUGAUAAUCUAUAUGUAUCAGAAGACUUCGAUUUAAUUGUUGACUAAAGAGUUUUUGAGUAAAAUCGAUAAAAAGAAAUAACUUAGCUUGCCAAGGAAAAUGCUUGGUUAGUUCAAGAGUUAUUUAGAUGUUUUUCUAAUUAUUUUAUAGAUUAUUCAACUUAAAAAAUAGAUUAAAUAGUCAAUACAUAUUACUAAAAUUUUGAAAUUGAAAACAUAAAUGAAGUUAAUAAUAACUAUUUAAAUAUUUAAAAAGUAAUAAAUUAAAUUAAAAAAAUAGUAUCGAUCAACGAAAAGGAUGAAUCUUAUUAUUAGAUUUUUUUUUAUCGUUAAGAUUUAUAGCAUUAUGCAUUUAUUUUAGAUUAUGAAAAUGAAAUGUAAUGUUAAGAUUUGAAUGGUCUUAUUUCAAUUUUUUAAGAAAACUAAAACUUUAAAAUUAUAGACUUUUAUAGAUAGAUAUUUUGCUAAGAAUUUUUAAUUCUUUAAGAAGAUGAGGAAUUUCCUAUAAACUUUGCCAAACAAUUAGAUGAAUGGUUAACAAUAGAUAAAGAGCUGAACGAGGAAGAAAAAGCAAAAGUAAAAUAAUUAACCUUAAAAUUUUAACAAGCUAAGCUUUAAUAGGACACAAAUUAAAAUAUUUAACAUGCUUAUAAAGAUUUAUGUUUAUGUUAAUAAUACUUUGAUGAACAUCUGGAAUAAGAAGAAGACCAAUUAUUAUGGUUUUUUAUAAGCAGUACUAUUCAUGUUAAAUUAGAGCAAAUACUUGGUGAUUAUAGCUCAAAAGUUUGUUACUGCUACGAUUAUUUUAAGAUCAUUUGCACUUUAAAAAAUAAUCAAAAAGACUUAUAAUAGCUUACAUUUUCGUUAAAAAUGUGUGACUAUGUAGAAAAAUAAUUACAAACAAACUCUGAUUUUUUCAAUUUCAAAGAUAAUUAAAGCUUGUUUAAAAUCCGUAUUCUAUUUUCUAGCGAGUUAACUUUAAAUCAAGCAAGUUUAGUUUAUCAACAAAUAUCCACUAAUAUGAAUAAAAUCAAUACAAUUGAAUUAGAUGAUAGAGGUGUAUUUAUUCUGAUGAAAAAAAUAAAAAAAUUACCAAGAUUAGUUGUACUUUCUAAAUCUCAGAUUUGAUAAAAAAUUUAAAUUAAAUUAUAACUUGAUCAAUAUAUACCCAUCAAUCAUCUAUUAUUGUAUCUUUUAUGUAAUAUCACUAA